GCUUCGAUCCCGCGCCGACCUCGAUCCGCAUUAACUGCCCCUCUUCCGUACGGAGGAGAGCGAUCGAGCGAUCGAUCGAUGCUCGCCGUCGUCGCGGGCGGCGGGUUGAGGAGGUGUGCUAGCUAGCGGCGGCGGCGGCGGCAGUGGAGGAGGAUGGUGGAGGAAGGGAGGUCACUGGCGGAGACGCCGACGUGGUCGGUGGCCACCGUCACCACGCUCAUGGUCGCCGCCUGCUUCCUCGUCGAGCGCGGCAUCUCGCGCUUCGCCAAGUGGCUGCGCAAGACGAAGCGGAAGGCCAUGCUCGCCGCGCUCGAGAAGAUCCGCGAAGAGCUGAUGCUGCUCGGCGUCAUCUCGCUGCUGCUGAGCCAGACGGCCCGCUGGAUAUCGGAAAUCUGCGUGCCGUCGUCGCUCUUCACGAGCCGAUUCUACAUUUGCUCGGAGACAGAUUACGAGGAUCUGGUGGUAGGAGGGAAGCGCUCUACCAUGGAGAUGAACCAGACUGUUGUGCCUAAUGGCCUGUUUGGUAUUCAGUCACAGAAUGUUUGCAGUGAGGGUCAUGAGCCUUUUGUUUCAUAUGAAGGCCUUGAACAGCUGCAUCGGUUCUUGUUUAUCCUUGGUAUCACCCAUGUGUUGUACACUUUUGUAACUGUUGUUCUGUCCAUGAUUAAGAUAUAUAGCUGGAGGAAAUUUGAAACCCAAGCAUGUCAGCUCCCUACUGAGCAGUUGCAAGCUAGGAGAACUAAGGUGAUGCAGAGGCAGUCUACCUUUGUGUUCCAUCACACAUCUCAUCCAUGGAGCAAAAAUAAAAUACUUAUUUGGAUGCUAUGCUUUCUGCGUCAAUUUAGGCGUUCCAUCAAGAAGUCAGACUAUAUGGCAUUAAGAUUGGGUUUUAUCACAUACCAUAAGUUGCCACACUCGUAUAAUUUCCACAAAUACAUGGUACGGAGCAUGGAAGAUGAUUAUAAUGGAAGUGUUGGCAUCAGUUGGCCACUGUGGGCAUAUGCAAUAAUAUGCAUUUUUGUCAAUAUUCAUGGUCUUAAUAUAUAUUUCUGGAUAUCCUUUGCCCCUGCUAUUCUGGUCCUGCUAGUGGGCACUGAGCUGCAGCAUGUCAUUGCUCAGUUGGCCUUAGAAGUUGUUGGGGCAACAGCACCAUAUGUUGGGACACAACUGAAGUUGCGUGAUGAUCUCUUUUGGUUUGGAAAACCUCGGGUCCUGUGGUGGCUUAUACAAUUCAUUUCAUUUCAGAAUGCUUUUGAGAUGGCAACGUUUGUGUGGUCUCUGUUGGAACUGAGUGCGCAAUCCUGUUUCAUGAAGAACCAUUACAUGAUUGUUCUCCGUUUGACUUCUGGGAUUCUAGUUCAGUUCUGGUGCAGCUACAACACAUUGCCACUUAAUGUAAUCAUUACUCAGAUGGGAUCCAAGUUCAAGAAAUCACUGGUCUCAGAGAGUGUGAGGGAGUCACUCCACAGCUGGUGCAAGAGGGUGAAAGACAAGAACAGGCACAACCUGGCAUCGAGAUCCGUCUGCUCCCUCGACACCACAUACGAGGAGACUGAUCAUGAGACUGCUACGGUUGGCACCCUGUCGAGAACCGUGUCUGCGACGUCCCUGGACGAGGAGCUGACGGUGGCCACCGUCGAGGACAACGACGACGACGAGGAGAUGUCUCGCAUCGAGCAAGAGAUUGAUCGAUCGUUGUAGCUCUCGUGAACUUGUUUGUUAAUCCUCGUUCACAGAACUACACCUGUGCAGAAUGACUGAAGAGGAUUCUGGUAGAGCACACGACACGCUAACAAUGACAAAAUCGAAGCCCAUCUCGUGGAGUUGUAAAAUAUAGCAAACUACAGAAUUCGUAAGAUCGAAUUAUAAGACAUGUUCAGUUGAUGUAAAAUGGACAUUUGCCAUAACUUCGAUGUGCUGUGAUCUUUGCACUCGAUGAAGGUUUUUACAAAGUGAUUUUCCGGUCUGAUUGCUUGACGCUAAUCCAAAAAGUGAACGGUUAUGCAAGGUACCGUUCCUCCUA